UUUUUUGGCACGCUUGCAGCCAACUCUGGGAGGGUUUCCUGGACAGAGGUCCUUGUGGCCGCUGCCUUAAGACGUGCAGCCUGGGCGGCAGCUGCCACUGCUCUCCUAUCCAGGCCCACUGCAGGCAGCAGCCGCAGCCCCAGCCGGUGCAGCAGCAUGGCACUUUGGGGGGCCUACCUGCUCCUCUGCCUCUUCUCCCUCCUGACGCAGGUCACCACCGAGCAGCCAAGCCUCAAGGUCAAGAAGGCUGCAAAUGCCAAGAAAGAUGUCGUGACCCCCAAGAUGUUUGAGGAGCUCAAGAGCCAGCUGGACAGCCUGGCCCAGGAGGUGGCCCUGCUGAAGGAGCAGCAAGCCCUGCAGACGGUCUGCCUGAAGGGCACCAAGGUGCACAUGAAGUGCUUUCUGGCCUUCACCCAGACGAAGACCUUCCACGAGGCGAGCGAGGACUGCAUCUCGCGCGGGGGCACGCUGGGCACCCCGCAGACGGGCGCGGAGAACGACGCCCUGUACGAGUACCUGCGGCAGGCCGUGGGCGCCGAGGCCGAGAUCUGGCUGGGCCUCAACGACAUGGCGGCCGAGGGCGCCUGGGUGGACAUGACCGGCGGCCACAUCGCCUACAAGAACUGGGAGACCGAGAUCACCGCGCAGCCCGACGGCGGCAAGGCCGAGAACUGCGCCGCCCUGUCCGGCGCGGCCAACGGCAAGUGGUUCGACAAGCGCUGCCGCGACCAGCUGCCCUACAUCUGCCAGUUCGCCAUCGUGUAGCCGGCGGCGGGGCGCGGGGUCGGCGGGCGGGGCACAGGG